UUUUCAUUAAAUCCUCUCCUCCUUCCUCCGCUACCCACGGCUGGCAAUCGUAGUACCUCGACUGCGACCACCUUUGAUAUCUGCCUCACUUCCCCUUCACCCAACCGCAAUAUCUGCAGGUCUUGUACUUAUAUUUCCUUUUCUAAUCAGCGAGACACCUUCACUACUGGCCGAUAUCUGCACUUGUUUCACGGCUUCACCCUGCAAUCACUCCCGCCAUUGUGAGCGCCAAGUACCGCGAGUGUAAUUCAUCUCACACUUCCUCCAUCUCUUCAACCAUCCAGAUCCGUUUCCUCACGACUUCGACCGCAAGAUACCCCAGUACCAGAGCUCCAGUGUCUCUGCCUCUUGACUGAGUCGGCCACUGCUAAAAGAAAUUCGACCUCUUCGCCGGCAGGAGGUUCCACGACGAAGGGACUCUUACAGCCGACUCUCGAUGCAAUAAAUCCUCCUGGUCAGACCUCUCCUGUCGCUACCUUGCGUCUACGAAUCUCUCACGCCAGUCGGACAAAAAAAUCUUCAAUGAGGAAAUAACAGUUGGAACAAUCAUUGCCGUUGGCUCAGUCUCAAAGGAAAGAUGCUCUCCCGAAGCCUCCCUGACCCUCGUUGGGGCUGCUUCAUGCUCUACAUUGCCCUCAUCGCCUCGCUCCUCGCGCAGGCACAUGGCCUAGCCAUCACCUACUGCUCACCCGACAACAAUGCGGGCUCAUAUCCUCGGUAUUAUAACCAGUUUAUGUCAAAUGGCGCGUGCCAGGACCACUGCCAGGGAUCAUACGCCUUUGCCGUCCUCCAGGGUUCUUACUGCUGGUGUUCAAACUACGUCCCUGCUGACCAGCAGAGCACGUACGAUUGCAACGAACAAUGUCCUGGUUAUCCUCAGGACUGGUGUGGUUCGACCAACGCUGGCCUUUAUGGAUAUUACCAAUUGAGUCCUGGAGUUCCUCUCGGCACCUCUGGAGCUUCUGGCAGCAGCGCAGCACCCCGAACCUCUUCGGUUAGUACCUCUCCAUUUGAGUCCGGGUCACCAUCCACUUCCACCUCUGAUGCUCCGGCUACUACCUCCUCUCCUGCUUCUUCAUUUUCUUCAAUGGUAACCGUUGGAUCCUCUCAGAGCUCCGACGAGGCUUCUUCUGUAACAUAUGACACGUCAAGGGCUCCCUUGACUAGCUCAUCAAGCUACACGAGCUUCAUUUCGUCGUCUGAACCGACUUCAUCGUCCUUCUCAGCCUCGUCCGUGGACACAGCGACAGAUAGCACUACUGCUGCGCCCACCGAAGUCUACACCAGCGUCACUACUGUCACCGGCAAAGUAAGCACGAUCCUAGUAACGCCCACUCCCGCGGUCUCUUCAGAUGCGACCUUGGGUCAAUCUGCUACUGGUGGCGGCGGCGGUGGUAUCAGUGGUGGCAAGGUCGCUGGCAUUGUUGUGGGCGCCGCUCUCGGUGUGGGUGCUCUCAUCGGUGCAGCUAUGUACGUAUGGUAUCGACGCCGGCAGAAGAGAAAUGGCACCAUCAGCCAGCCUGAAUCGUCGUUCAUUGCUCGAAGUGGCGACCGCUCGCCUUCGAACAACGUACCCUCCCGACAAGUUAGUCAAUUGUCGUCCUCUGGGUUGCUCGGGACUAAGACUCCUCGCAUCAACACUUCCGGGAUACCCAACGGUAGCGGUCCAAGAAGUGCGGGCACCGGUUCUUCAGGACUUGAUCGACGAAGUCUGGCUACUGACCAGAGAUUGAAUCCUUACGCCCUGUAUUUCCACGACGAAGGUCAGGUUAGCAACGUCUCACUUCAGGACAACCAGGAUUACUCAAGGCAGCUACGGGUGGCUAAUCCGGAUCCUUGAGACGAUCCAAAAGAACUCAAGAUUGAUCCCUCGCUAAUCAUUAAUCGUGCCCGUCAAAUUUUUGACCGCAGAGUCCUUCCCUAACGAUGAUACACGAAUGCUCCACGUACAGGAGUCGCACCACAGCCGUCAUCCACGAGCUCAAGUCUCGAAACUGGGUCCGGCGCGGACAAGAGAUUGUACGCGUCGACGAAAUGAUCUUAUGAUGAGACGUCCCUUCUUUUCUAAACAGCAACAAUUGAGAUAUCCACACUUUUUUCCGCUUUUGGCAUAGGGAACGGAGUCCGGCCAGAUUUGUACAUUUAGCAUAUGACAACAGGAGUGCAUUGCCAUGGGCGUGCUGGCGGGAUUUCGUGUCUUCGGACGAAACUUGGCGUUUACCUUAUGUAGGAGACAAGUGACCAGGUGCGAUGCCGGUGAUUCUCUGGGAGAAGAAUCAUCAAACAGGCUAUUGCAACCAAUGAACAGACACUAAUGAACAUUGGUCGAGUCAGGAUUGUACAGGACUCGCCAAAGUAUGAGAUGGUCCUUGAAUAAGGACAUGAUGGACUAUAUAGAAGAAGACAAAAGUUUGCUCCCAAACCCGGCUCCUCCGCAGUGAAUUUCGA